UUUGGCAUCUGUCUCCUGGCUGAGCCACGAUGGGUGACUGGAGCUUCCUGGGAGAGUUCCUGGAGGAAGUGCACAAGCAUUCCACGGUGAUCGGCAAGGUCUGGCUCACUGUCCUCUUCAUAUUCCGCAUGCUCGUGCUGGGCACGGCUGCCGAGUCUUCUUGGGGGGAUGAACAGGCUGACUUUCAGUGUGAUACGAUGCAGCCCGGCUGCGAGAAUGUCUGCUAUGACCAAGCCUUCCCCAUCUCCCACAUCCGCUACUGGGUGCUGCAGAUCAUCUUCGUCUCCACGCCCUCCCUGGUGUACAUGGGUCACGCUAUGCACAUGGUGCGCAUGCAGGAGAAGCGGAAGCUACGCGAGGCCGAGAAGGCCAAAGAGGUCCAGGGCGCUGGCUCUUAUGAGUACCCGGUGGGGAAGGCAGAGCUGUCCUGCUGGGAGGAAGUGAAUGGAAAGAUUGUCCUCCAGGGCACUCUGCUCAACACCUAUGUCUGCAGCAUCCUGAUCCGCACCACCAUGGAGGUGGCCUUCAUUGUGGGCCAGUAUCUCCUCUACGGGAUCUUCCUGAACACCCUGCAUGUCUGCCGUAGGAGUCCCUGUCCCCACCCAGUCAACUGUUAUGUGUCCCGGCCCACGGAGAAGAAUGUCUUCAUUGUCUUCAUGCUGGCUGUGGCUGGACUGUCCCUCUUCCUUAGCCUUGCUGAACUCUACCACUUGGGGUGGAAGAAGAUCAGACAGAGAUUUGCUAAGUCGCGACAGGGCAUGGCUGAGUGCCGGCUUCCUGGCCCCUCUGCAGGCAUGGUCCAGAGCUGCACACCACCCCCUGACUUCAACCGGUGCCUGGAGAAUGGCCCCGGAGGAAAAUUCUUCAAUCCCUUCAGUAACAACAUGGCCUCCCAGCAGAACACAGACAACCUGGCCACUGAGCAAGUGCGAGGCCAGGAGCAGAUUCCUGGGGAGGGCUUCAUCCACAUUCACUAUGGCCAGAAGCCUGAAGUGCCCAAUGGUGCCUCACCAGGUCACUGUCUCCCCCAUGGCUACCACAGUGACAAGCGUCGUCUUAGCAAGGCUAGCAGCAAGGCCAGGUCAGAUGAUCUAUCAGUGUGACCUUUCAGCAUGGGAAGACCAGGACCAGGUGGGAACAAAGGAAGAUCAGAGAGGGAAAGUGUCUCCCUUCUGACCCUAUGCUUUCUCAUUGUUGUCACUGCUCUGCUCCUUUUGGGCCCCAGGUCUUGAUAGCAUUGCUCAUUAAUUCCAGAAAGUAUAACCAGGGCUCUUUGAGUUAGGUCACAGACAUGGCUACCCACGCAGGCUGCUGUCCCCUCCCCAUCCUCUAUCCAGUGUAUGCAGUGAAGCCUUUCAGAUUACUCAUUGAAUAGGGUAGAGUAAGGGAAGGGAACCAUGACAAAAACCAUGGCAAAACCAGGGAGCUUGGAAGGGAUAGCCAGAGGGAUAGAAUGACUCUACAUACCAGCAACAUACCAGAUGGGUUCUUCAAGUUUCUGCGUCUUCCUUGACCUGAUCACCCUCGCUCCCUCAAGGAAGAGCUCCAAAUUCCCAGCCUAUAGAGAGCACAAAUCAAGGAACUUGCAUUAGAUGUGCUCUUGAAUUUGUUGUCUGUGUGGGCUGUUCCUUGCAAUGGAGGUGAGGUGGCCUUGGGCUGCCCUUGGCUGCCCCUUC